GAGCGCAGCGGGGACUCGGAGGAGCGCGUUCGGCCGGGGCGGCGCGGGGACGCAGCAGGCACCAUGGCCGGGAGCAGGGCGCUGCUGCUCUUGCUGCUGUUGCCGCCACAGCUGCAGCUGGGACUGGUGUUUGCUGUGAGGGCCCCUGUGUUUGGGCGAAGUGGCACCCAUGGCCUGAGUCCCGAAGAGAACGAAUUUGUGGAGGAGGAGCCCGUGCUGGUCCUGAGCCCAGAGGAGCUGGGGCCUGGCCCAGCCACCAUUAGCUGCCCCCGAGACUGUGCCUGCUCCCAGGAGGGUGUCGUGGACUGCGGCGGCAUCGACCUGCAUGAGUUCCCAGGGGACCUGCCUGAGCAUACCAACCAUCUGUCCCUGCAGAACAACCAGCUGGAGAAGAUCUACCCGGAGGAGCUCUCCCGGCUGCAUCGGCUGGAGACUCUGAACCUUCAGAACAACCGCCUGACUUCCCGAGGGCUCCCGGAGGAGGCGUUUGAGCAUUUGACCAACCUCAAUUACCUGUACCUGGCCAAUAACAAGCUGACCUUGGCACCUCGAUUUCUACCAAACACCCUGAUCAGUGUGGACUUCGCUGCCAACUAUCUCACCAAGAUCUAUGGGCUCACCUUUGGCCAGAAGCCAAACCUGAGGUCCGUGUACCUACACAACAACAAGUUGGCGGAUGCCGGGCUGCCAGACAACAUGUUCAAUGGUUCCAGCAAUGUCGAGAUCCUUAUUCUGUCCAGCAACUUUCUACGACAUGUGCCCAAGCAUCUGCCGCCUGCCCUCUACAAGCUGCACCUCAAGAACAACAAGCUGGAGAAGAUCCCACCAGGUGCCUUCAGUGAGCUGAGCAACUUGCGGGAGCUGUACCUGCAGAACAACUACCUGACUGAUGAGGGCCUGGACAACGAGACCUUCUGGAAGCUCUCCAGCCUGGAGUACCUGGAUCUGUCCAGCAACAAUCUGUCGCGAGUCCCAGCGGGGCUGCCACGCAGCCUGGUGCUGCUGCACCUGGAGAAGAACGCCAUACGGAGCGUGGACGCGGACGUGCUAACCCCUAUCCGCAGCCUCGAGUACCUGCUGCUACACAGCAAUCAGCUGCGUGCGCAUGGCAUCCACCCGCGGGCCUUCCAGGGCCUCAAGAAACUGCACACGGUGCACCUGUACAACAAUGCGCUGGAGCGCGUGCCCAGCAGCCUGCCCCGCCGCGUGCGCACUCUCAUGAUACUGCACAACCAGAUCACCGGCAUCGGCCGCGACGACUUUGCCACCACCUACUUCCUGGAGGAGCUGAACCUCAGCUACAACCGCAUCACCAGUCCGCAGGUGCACCGCGACGCCUUCCGCAAGCUGCGCCUGCUGCGCUCGCUGGAUUUGUCGGGCAAUCGGCUGCACACACUGCCGCCAGGACUUCCCCGCAACGUGCACGUGCUGAAGGUCAAGCGCAAUGAGCUGGCCGCUCUGGCACGUGGGGCGUUGGGCGGCAUGGCCCAGCUGCGUGAGCUCUACCUCACCGGUAACCGGCUGCGCAGCCGGGCCCUGGGCCCCAGCACCUGGGCCGACCUCGCCCAUCUGCAGCUGCUGGACGUUGCUGGGAAUCAGCUCACAGAGAUCCCAGAGGGGCUUCCCGAGUCGCUCGAGUAUCUGUACCUGCAGAACAACAAGAUUAGCACCGUGCCAGCCAAUGCCUUUGACUCCACUCCCAACCUCAAGGGGAUCUUUCUCAGGUUUAACAAGCUGGCCGUGGGCUCUGUGGUGGAAAGCGCCUUCCGGAGGCUGAAGCACCUGCAGGUCUUGGACAUAGAAGGCAACUUUGAGUUUGGUGACGUUUCCAAGGACCGGGGCCACUUGGAGAAGGAAGAGGAAGAGGAUGAGGAGGAUGAGGACGAGGAGGAAGAGGAAAGGCGAUAGUGACCACGUGAACCGGAUCUGACAUAGGAUGAUGGCCAUCUGGACCCCUUUCUGCAGCGCGUGUCUAUGCCCUGUGAGCACCGACUCUGCCACGUUCCAGACACACCCAGCACUGCACCCACCUACCCCCUAACACCUCCCGACCUCUCCCUACAGUUUGUGCCACAGCCAGACACACACAGACACCAUGACACACCCACAUACAGCCAGCUGCACAUCGUCCUCCAAAGGGUCCCACUCUCCACCCCACCCCCACCGCCACCAUCGCUCCCUCUGAAUCAUGCAGACUCAGGGAAGGAUCUGACCUCACCCUGCCAUGCAUGGGCUCCCACUUCCACACACACACACACACACACACACACACACACACACACCCACCCACGAGUCAUGUGCAAACAGCCCUCUUCGGCCUAUGCCACCAACAGCUCUUGCCCCAGCCAGAAGUGGCCAGAACAGCUUGCUGUCUGCCUGUCCAUCUGUCCGUCCGUCCUCUGGAGAAGACACAGAGUUAUCUCUGAGCUCUCUGCGGCCAGGUGCCUGCUGCCCUUUGGAACUCACAAAAGCUGGCUUUUGUUCCUUUUCCCUCCCUUUGGGGACAGGAACCUUCAGGACGGCUGCCCUGGCCCCCUCGCCCUGGCCCCCAGUUGCUGGGAGAGUCAGCUCCUGCCAUGCCCUGGCCGCCACAGGCAUGUUUUGGAUGGGCAAGGUCACAGGGAAAUUCUCCGGGGCCUGCCAGGCGCCGUGGGCGGGAGGUUGACGGAGGUCGUGGGGCUGGGCUGACGGAGGAGAAGGGGCUGGCCCCACCGAUGAGAUACCUGUUUUAU